GAAUGCAACUUUAACAGUGGGCAGCUCAUCGAAUUUAUUCUAGUUUCAUCCGCUGUUCAUACUCAGCCUUUACUUGUGCGCAUCCUCAGUAAUAAAUGGACUUGCCUCAAACGGAUAACAUUCAAGACACUGAAUAAUCUCUACGCUCCCUGUAAUAUCUGAGGAUCAUCGCAGUUCCGAGUCUCAGCCAGUCUAUAAUCAUGCCCAGUUUGAAAGGCAAUUCAGUCGUAUGUGCCAUGACUUCAAGAUAGUUCUUUUACCAAAAGGUUGAACAACACUCCUGUUAAUCGUCGGUUUGCUUCUAUAUUCAGAGCCAGAGCCUCGAGAGCUCGUGGUGGUCAGUCAUAUGACAUGUUGACAUGCAAGAAACUCAAGAAUAUAUCUCCCCAGUGACUCAUAAGCUUAACACAGGCUACAAGUUCAAUCUCCUCGGAGUUGGUUGCUUCAGCUUUCAAGCACUGGCACAUCUAGACUGGAGAUAUCGGAAAUGUCCUAGUGACUGCCGAGCUUCAUUUUCCUAUACAUAUCCAACACCACAAUGGCGUAUAACACGAGUCAUAUCUCGAAGUUGAAUGCCCCCUUCGUUCAUUUCAAAUGGCUGCCGUUGGCCACGGAAAGGACUGUGAAAGGAGCAGAAUAUCAAGAAGUUAUCAUUAUCUGGGAAGUUCUUGCUUGGCACUAUCGAUUUGAUACAGAUAAUAGUUUCUUAUCAGAUAACGUGACUUAUUUAAUCCAAGGUCCGUUGAUUACCCAAGUUGCCUCGAGGCACGCAAGAGCACGCAAGACACCGAGACUCAGACUAUAUAAAGCAAGCACCACUAAUCUCGGCCACCAUUUCCUGUCAAAGAUGGCCCCCACUUCAUGCAGCGCCCUUAAUGCCGCCAUCACUCGUACAGGCUUAUCGUACGCUCAAAUCGCCACACAAGUUGGCGUUCCAGAGCAGCGUGUUGUAGAGAUUGUCACAGGGAAAGCGACAGCCACUAACGAGGAGUUCGCUAAUCUCAGCCGAGCUCUUGGUAUCACCCAAUCCGCUCCCCACGACUCUGCACAUGUCACGAAGUAAAGAGUCCGAUGAUAGCUUGUAGUAGCCCGCAUUGUAUGAAUAGCUUGUACCACACUUAAGGUUAAACGAUCAGAUUAUCUCUUUAUUG